GUUUACCUGAUUCAUACAAACCCUUUGUUGUCCAUAUUACACAAAGUACAAGUGAAAUUACAUUUGCUAUGUUCAAGUCUCAACUCAAAAGCUUUGAAGAAACAGAGAAGUUUAAUUGUAAGCCAAAGACUGAUAAAGUAAUGAAAACUGAGUCCCCAUCGUUUUCUGCAACCAGUUAUGUCACAUGUUAUGCUUGUGGUCGCAAAGGUCAUAUCAUGAAGGAUUGUCCUGACAAAACUGGGAGUGAAACAAGAAAGUGGUGCUCGUAG